AUGCGGUUCUCUUCAGUCUUACCUCUUGCGUUUGCGUGCUCUGCAGUAGCGGUAGUCAUUCCCUCACCCAAAGCAGCAUGGCCAUACGGACCGCUCGUCACUGACGGACGAUGGAUUCGGAAUACGAAAAACGAGGUCGUCACGCCUGUAGGUGUCAACUGGCCUGGUCAUGGCGAGGCUAUGAUUCCAGAGGGUCUUCAAUACGCGAGUAUCAAUAAAGUGCUUAAGGAUAUCAAGAGCCUAAACCUCAAUAUCAUCCGUCUCACCUUCUCCAUUCAGAUGAUCGAUGAGAUAUACUCGAAAGGCAACGACACCACCGUGAAAGAGUCUUUCCUUAAAGCUCUAGGAACUACCAACGGCACGGCCAUAUACAAGAAGUUCCUCCAGAAGAACCCGCAGUUCGAUGACACGACUACUAGAUUACAGGUAUUCGACGCUGUGGCAGCCGAGGCCUUGAAGCAGGAAAUCUACGUCCAUUUGGACAACCACAUCUCCCGUGCAGAAUGGUGUUGUGGGGAAACCGAUGGCAAUGCCUGGUUCGGAGAUACUUAUUUCAAUGUUGCGAACUGGAAGAGAGGACUUGCGUACAUGGCUGAUCAUGGGAAAGCUUGGCCUGCUUUGGUGAGCUUGGGACUGAGGAAUGAGCCGAGAAAUGCUACUAAUAACCCAACUAUCUCCAAAACAUAUAACUGGGAGACCUGGUACAAGAACAUGAUUCCAGCAGCCAACGGUGUCAACGCCGCCAACCCUGGCCUUCUCAUCUACUUCUCGGGUCUCAACUACGACACCACACUCGCUCCCAUCACCACCGGAGCAAAUCUCGGUUCUGGCACCGUUUUCCGCAAAUCAGACUUCCCAUAUUCCAACAAACUCGUCCUCGAACUGCACAACUACCAAACCACAGCCACAACCUGUCCCUCUAUAACAAACGGUCUCUACAACGGCGGCUACAACGCUCUUAACGCCACAGACCCGAAAGUGAAGAACGUGCUACCAGUGGUGAUGACAGAAUGGGGUCACGACAUGUCGAAUAACGAGUACAAAGGAGUUUAUCAGACGUGUUUGGAUAGUUAUCUCGGUGGGUUGAAGGCUGGAUGGAUGUUCUGGGAGGUUGGGGGAAGUUAUUAUACUAGACAGGGAAAACAGGAUUUCGACGAGACGUGGGCGUUGUUUAAUCAUGAUUGGACGAAUUGGAGACAGAAGGCUUCGGCGGAGUCGAUCAAGGAGAUGGCUAAGAGGACAUUGGCGGGGACGAAGAAGUUGUAG